AUGUCAAAGGUAUCAGACAGGGUAGGAAGAGGGUUCAAAUGCCACGAGAACUUUAACAAGGCCAACCAAGAAGACAUCUUUCAUUCCUAUUGGAAUCUUGGUUGUCUAAGUAGCAGACUCAUUCAUAGUUUCCAUGGCUUCGUCAAUGAUUUGAGAAGCACUUCCCUCUUCAACACCACCAUCCAGUCUACCGCUAUCAAAACUGUCCCCAACAUCACCAUCAAGUCCACUGGUAUCACUCACUCUGUCACCAACACAACCAUCCAGUCCACCACUAUUACUCAAUCUGUCAUCAACACAGCCAUCAAGUCCACCACUAUCACUCACUCUCAGUCUGUCCCCAACACAGCCAGCAAGUCCACCACUAUCACUCACACUGUCCCCAACACAGCCAGCAUGUCCACCACUAUUACUCACUCUGUCACCAACACAACCAUCAAGUCCACCUAUAUCACUCACUCUGUCCCCAACACAGCCAUCAAGUUCACCACUAUCACUCACUCUGUCUCCAACACAACCAACAAGUCCACCACUAUCACUCACUCUGUCACCAACACAACCAUGAAGUCCACCACUAUUACUCACUCUGUCCCCAACACAACCAUCAAGUCCACCACUUUCACUCUGUCCCCAACACAGCCAGAAAGUCCACCACUAUCACUCACUCUGUCACUAACACAACCAUCCAGUCCACCACUAUCACUCACUUCGUCCCCAACACAGCCAGCAAGUCCACCACUAUUACUCACUCUGUCCCCAACAUCAGCAUCUAGUUUACAAGUAUCAACAUUCUGA